AUUCAUAACUCAAAUCCCACUUCUACUAGUAGAAAUGGGAACAAAAGGGAAGAUGUCUUCAAAGGCCACCCUUCUAAUCUCUUUUGCAGUAGUUAUUGUUUCUUUAUGUUUGCCCUCAUUGACCACCGCAGCCUACCCUUACUCAUCUCCACCACCUCCUCAACCAAAGAAAUCACCACCACCACCACCUAAGCAUCAUUAUGUUUACAAAUCACCACCACCACCACCACCACCGGUCUAUAAGUCACCACCACCACCGGUGUAUAAAUCAUCACCACCACCACCUGUUUACAAGUCACCGCCACCUCCUACUCCGGUUUAUAAGUCCCCACCACCUCCAAAGAAACCAUAUGUAUACAAAUCACCACCACCACCACCUCCGGUUCACAAGUCUCCACCACCACCGGUUUACAAGUCACCACCACCUCCUGCUUACAAGUCACCACCGCCACCGGUACAUAAAUCACCGCCGCCACCUGUUUACAAGUCACCACCACCACCUGUUUACAAGUCACCACCUCCACCUCAUUACGUCUACAAGUCACCACCACCACCGGUCUACAAGUCACCACCACCACCCGUGCAUAAGUCACCGCCACCACCAGUCUACAAAUCCCCACCGCCACCGGUUCACAAAUCACCGCCGCCACCGGUCUACAAGUCACCACCACCACCAGUUCAUAAGUCACCACCUCCACCCGUUUACAAGUCACCACCACGUCCACUUCACAAGUCUCCACCACCACCGAAGAAACACUACAUCUAUAAAUCACCACCGCCACCUCCUCCGAUUUAUAAGUCUCCACCCCCACCACCACCAAAAAAACCAUACGUAUACAAAUCUCCACCACCACCAACCCAUGUCCACAAAUCUCCACCACCACCAACCCCUGUGUAUAAAUCCCCACCACCUCCUCCAACUCCGGUGAAAAAGCACCCACCCCCACAUUAUAUCUACAGUUCACCACCUCCUCCUCACCAUUAAGAAGUGACCACUGUUUUUAAUUAAGGAUAGUAACAAGUUAAUAUUCUGUGAAGACAAACAAUAAUCGAGCAGGACAAGAAGGGUUGAAAGUUGUACGGAAAUGACUUGUACUUUGAUUCAUGUUUUCAAUAAAUAGUUGCGUUUUUUUCUUUUGUGUUUGGGUUUGAUAAUAAAGGUAUCAAUAAAAAAAAUUGUUGUUUUA